AUGGAAAUUCAGGCUCUAAAAUACGAGAAUCUUAUUACUGUUCUUAGCAUUGACGGAGGUGGUAUCCGAGGAAUCAUUCCUGGUGUUAUUCUCGCAUACCUUGAGUCUCAACUUCAGGAGUUAGACGGUGAGGAUGCAAGGCUUGCAGAUUACUUCGAUGUAAUUGCUGGUACAAGUACAGGGGGUCUCGUUACUUCCAUGUUAACAGCUCCACAUCCACAGGCCAAUAAUCGCCCUUUAUUUGCUGCUAAAGAAAUUGUGCCAUUUUACCUACAAAAUUCUCCAAAAAUUUUUCCCCAGAGAAGGGGAAUAUGCGCUCCGCUGGUAAACAUAGGGAAAGCAUUGACAGGACCUAAGUACGAUGGGAAGUAUCUCCAUAAGCUGAUAAGAACGGGGUUUGGGGACACAAAGUUGCACCAAACCUUGACAAACGUUGUUAUUCCAACUUUUGAUGUCAAGAAACUUCAACCUACCAUCUUUUCAUCGUUUCAGGUCAUUGCCACGGAGGCAGCUUUAGAUGCAGCACUGUCAGAUAUUUGUAUAGCCACUUCGGCUGCUCCAACUUAUUUACCGGCUCAUUAUUUUACAAAAGAAGAUGAAGAAGGCAAAGUGGUAAAAGAAUUCAACCUCAUUGACGGUGAUUUGUUACUUCUUGAUAUAUGGAUGUGCAUGCAGACUUUGGUCGCAAUUAGAGAAGUGACGAAGGAAAUCAUGAGGAAGCCAGAUGAAACAACUAUUAACCCUUUGGAUUACACUCGCUUUCUUGUUCUCUCAUUGGGGACUGGAUCGAACAAGAGCGAGCACAAAUACGACGCGAAGAUGGUGUCAAAAUGGGGAAUUUUAACUUGGUUAUUCAACUCUGGAUCAACACCUAUUAUAGAUUGUUUCAGUGAAGCAAGCACUGAUAUGGUUGAUUAUCACAACUGUGUGGUUUUUAGUGCGCUUCAAUCUGAAGACAACUACCUCCGGAUUCAAGACAAUACAUUGAAGGGAGAUUUGGCAUCUGCAGAUAUAGCUACGAAAGAGAAUUUGGAUAAUCUGGUCAACGUGGGGGAGCAGCUAUUGAAGAAAACAGUGACGCGUGUGAAUCUUGAUACAGGUCUCUAUGAACCAGUUCCAGACAAAGGCACGAAUGAGGAAGCACUAAAAAGGUUUGCAACAUCACUCUCGCAGGCAAGAAAGGGGAGAAAGUCCAAUUCACAAGAUGUGAAGUAA